GCUCUCCCACUCUCUGUUGUUGAGGGUCAGGCGACAUAUUCUUGAGGACUCUCCAGCUUGGGGGCAAGCUGUUUUCUGUUGGCUUCCCAAUUCGCUAGUGGAGAGAGUUUAUCAUUACUUUUAUUCGGAGCAAGCUGCGCUGACAAGGGAGAACACCCACUCCCCAUCCCCCCACACACAAACAAGUGCGCAAAUGGCUACCCUCAAAGACGGCCGCUUUGUGUUUAUCCACGCCGAUAGUCACCACCUACUGCUCGAGCGGCCCAGCGCCAUCAGCGACGAUGCAGCAACCAGGGCUACCUCUUCAACCCCGUUAGCGACGCAGCUGCUGUACGGCGGUGUCGUCUACGCCUUCGCGCUGAACAAGGCGCAGACGCGUAUUGCGAUGGUGUGCCCGAGCGUCAGCGCUGCUGCUUCUGCCACGCCAAACCCGGAGCGACUGGACGCCCCACAGGCGGUGCUGCGCUUGUUCUCCUUUUCCAACGGCGAGGUCGGCGAGCUCUUGACGGAGCUGAUCACGGCGAUGGCGCAGCGCGUCGCGUGGGUAGGCGAUCGAUACCUUGCUCUGGACGUGCCGCCCGACAAGGACAGGAGCACGCCCUUCACUUCUCCAGCCAACAGCAAGACGACGCCGAGCAACACCUCGUCGACGAUUCUGGUGGAGGUGGGAAAAGCGCCGGUGCGGCUGAGAGUGAUACGCGAGGACACGACCUCCGCCUCCCCCGCUGCCGGGCCGGGGUUUAUUCUGUGUGAUAUCUGCACCACGCGACGUAGUCUUCGGCUGUGGGACCUGCAGCGAAACAAAAUGAUGAGUGAGUGCCAACUGCCGAAUCGUAGGUGCCGUCACGGUAAGGCGCGAGUGGCGGUGGCCACCAGCAGCGACGGGCCUUUUGUGUUUGUGGUGAACGAUGACUGGACGGUGCAUGGGUUCUACGUGGGCCGCAGUGGAACCGUCCACACGCCGCGCCCGGUGUUGACGCAGUUCGAGUCGCAGACGGUCAAUCGUGCGUUGCAGGGCAACACCAGCGCUGCUGCGAUCAACAAAGUCGAAGGCAGAGGUGAUGAAGGCGCAGACCGAAGUGAGAGAGAGGAAGAAAACGUCCCCGACAGGACAGGGCGAUCACCGCGAUCCUCUUCGACGCAUGGUGUUGCGUUACCGGCGCCGAAGCUGCACACACGUAUGCUGAGCGAGACACAGGUGCUGCUAGCAUUGACAGGGUCUUCUACAGUGCUGCAAUGCACCUACAACCCGAAAGGGAAAGAUGAAGAGCUGAAAGUAGUGGCGAAGAUGCGCCUCACACGACGCUUUCACGCCACGGCGGAGGUGGUGGGGCUCUCCAAAAAGGCGUGUUUGGUGUGUCAGCGCGACGCCGCUGCGAACAACGACGAUGAUGAUGACGAGCCGGCAAAGAGUGUCUGCACGUAUUUUGCGCUGCCGUUGGAGAUGAAACCCACCGGCCAAGCAGCGGCGGAGGCGGUGGUGGCGGUAACGGAGUCCACCGAGGAAGGCACCGAAAGUGGUGGGGUGGGGUGCAGUGGCGGUGUUGCCGUGGGAGAGGGAAGCGCGGCGGCGGCGACGACGGAGCAGAAACGGAAGCGGAAGCGGAACAAAAAGGCCGCGGCUGCCUCAGAUGCCGAAAGUGACGGAGCAGCAACCCUUCCACCUUCUACCGCCGCUGCUGCUGCUGCUAAUGAAGCCGCAGCAGGUGCAUCUUCUCCUCCAGCGGGGCGAGGUGGCACUGGCGGACCCACGCAGCGUGCGGUGGAGCGGCUGCUGGUGCACGCCGGUAUAUCUGAAAAGAUCCAGCUGCCGAAUGCCUUCACCAGAGACGGCGGCAGCAGCGGUGCGCGUGAGGGCAGGAGCACACCCGCGGUGCCUACUGAUGCCGCCAACGGAGGUGGAACUAAUUCCCCUUCACCUAACAAUAAGAAGAGGCUGUCGACAGAUGCGCUGUAUACCGCAGGCGGUGUAGUGGUGGGGGCGGUGGUGAUGAUGUGUGUGAUGCGCAAGCUGGCUCUCUUGUAG